AACACGAUGUUUCCAUUGCAGAACCAAAGGGAUCAUGUUGAUUGAUCGCAUAAAUACUUUUGUUGCGAAUUUGAAGUCCAAGAGCUUUGAGACUCGUAAACGUGCUGCUCGUGAUUUAAACCUCUAUGUAAUUAUUAUUAAUUUUAUAUAUUAAUACUUGUAUACAUACCGUAAACACGGACUUCAAUACUAACGUUAUUACCUGUAGAAGUCUGUGACCGUGAAUUGGGAUGACAUUCAUUAUGAUUAAUGGGGAUGGCGAGAUUUAUUUGCAUUGAAAUUAUUAAUUUAAUCUUGUUGCGCGAUUAAUAUUAUCACGUGAUAACCGUCGAUCACGUGGUAUUGUUAAUCGUUUAUGCAAUCAUAUUUUUGCAGUUCAUCAAGGUUAUAGUACCGUAUCAUACUUAUGUUUUUGGACAGCCAAACUAUCAAGAGUUCGUCCAGCCAGGUAUAUGUUUUAUUACAUUUACCGCCGUGCGUUUUGGUCGCCUCGUUUUAUGAAGUUGAAAAUUAUCGUCGCAAAGUAAAUAAUUCACCAUAUACCUAACUAGUUUAUUGUUAAUGUGGUUCAAAUGAUACACCUGCAUGGGACAAAUCUGUAUUGUUAAAAUUUGAAAAAAAUUAUCCAUCGCGCAUGAUGGUAAAAUGUAUCAUGGGGCCAGAUCGAUAAUGAUAAUGGGAUGAUUUUGAUUCUAACGCGAAUAAACUUUAAUACUUGAGUAUUUUUAUGGUGUUUAGUAGCUUGUAAGUACAAAAAAAAAAAACGGAUGCAGACCACAUGCCAACUGCACAGAUUCUGCAAUAGAAUCCUAACCUGCAAUAGAUUCUGCUGUUGUUAAUGGCGAAUUAUCAGUUUUGGCUAUAUGUAUACGUUGUGGUGUACCUUAUGGUACACUGUAUAAUCGUUAUCAUUGUAUACAUGUAAAAAAAAUUGGUGAUUAGACAUUGCUUAAUGCUUAGUGAAGAAGAAGAGAAAUCUUCUACAAUAAUGUUUUGCGGUCCAGCCAGUGGAGUGCUAUUACCCCCAUACAGAAGAAUUUAUCUAAAUUGUUAUUUAAAUUAUACCUAGUAACUAGUUACCUAACUAAUAUUGUGUUAUUAGCUAAGACUGAUUAAUCAAUUAAUGUAUGAUUAUUUUAUACUAUGUUGUUAUAAAAAUUCUAUUAUAGAAUUCUAUAUUGGCAUAUAAUGUAGUAAUCGAAGAAUAUCAGAGAAAAACUGAUUGAAUAAUCGAUUACUUUAAAUCUACUAUGUUAUGUUUAUACAUUUUAUAACAAAAUUUCUUUUAUUUCAAAUUAAAAUGUAAUUAGAUGUUUGAUUUGGUUUAUGUAAAAAUGGUCCUUAACGCCAUUUUUGCCCAGAACAAAUUAACCGCGGAUUUUUAAUUUUUUUAUUGUUCUAACCACCUACAAUAUAUCAAGAAUCAAAAACAAUUAUGUUAUUGACACAAUUGUUCUAUGUGGACUGUAAAAAAAAAAAAAAAUCUUAAAUGAACAAAGAACUAGGAAGGUUUUUUAAAUUUUCUCAAAAUUAAAUUAAAGUGAUAAUGACCCUCUUUAUGCAUGAACCAAAUCAUUUAUUGUUAAUACAUUGACGGACACUUGUAAUAUAGUUUUUACUGGUAUGUUAGUAGUGUUAUAUCCAAAGUCUAUGUAAUUUGUCACUGUGGACAGCCGUAAUGUGGCAGUCAAUUAUAUUCUAUGAUUUAAUACCAUUGAAAGGGUUACUGUUUCAACAGUAUUGACAUGAUAUGACAUUUUACAUAUUACUGCUAUAGCAGUAAUGUCCGUCAAUGUGUUAAGGAACACCUACAUUUUAUGUACUAAUUCAGACGUGGGUGUAACAACCAGAAAUGUUCAUUUUUGUAUAUUCUUUUGAAAAAAAAAAAAAAAACCGUCAAUUGGUGCAACAAUCGGACAAAUCCGAUCGUUAGAUACGGAGGUUAUAUAUAAAUGGUGAUGUCUGUUUUACUAUUUGUUGCAACAACAAGACUUCUCCUGAGAUGGUCGUUUUGGUAAUUUGAUAAUUUGGAGAUGUCUGGUUGUUGCACCCACGUCUUCAAUUUUUGAACUACUGUAAAUCAAAUUGAUGUGAAGCGAGAUUUGGUGUUUGCUGUGCACUACCUACAAUAAAUUUAACAGAAAAAAAAAAUAAAUGACUCCCGGACAAAAAGUCUGGAUUCAUUGUUGGACAAAUAAAAGUCCGAAAAUACAAAUUAUUCAGUUCACAAAAUUAAAAUCGUAUACAACUUAAUUAGUUUUCUUAUUCAAUAUUAUAUUUGAUUAUUGUUCUUAUAAACAUUCUAAAUCAGUUCAAAAUAACAAAUAAAACAAAUAGGUACCUAGUGAAUUCAAAUAAUAACAUUACAAUAAUAAUAAUAAUAUUAAUUAUUUAAAGUUGGUUUCGUUUUCUCAAACAAUGACCUGUGCGAUUUUACAAUUCUUCAGUUGUCAAUUUAUUAUUAUUCAUUUGUGUACAUUAGUAUACUAAUGUGACCUUUAGGUAUUGUAAUUUUAUAAUUUUUUCUGAUCCGUGGUCCUUUUUUUUUCUUAAGGGUUCUAUGUGACGCGUAAUGCUAUUUAUGUUUUAUCUACUACUUCCGUUCGAAAUUCGAUAAUCGGUUCCCAAAUUAUCGGACGACUGUCCGAUUAAAUGCGUGCAAACCUAUUGUUCCAACUUUCGCAAAAUGUUUUUUGUGCUGUGUUCGGAGUGUACUUAAUAUUGUAUCUUGCAUGUUUUUGAUGGAUAUAAUGCAAUUAAUUCAAGCGCGUAUUCAGAAUCAAUUUUCGAGGUUGGGGGAGGCUUAAAAUAUUUUUAAUAAAUGAACUUGUUAUAAUCUUAAUUAUAUUAUAGAUAUAUACCUACUUUAGAAAUUUCGAUGGGCGGAGAGGGGGAGUUAAACUCCUAAUACCCCCCUCCCCUCCCCCCUUGUAUACGGGCUUGCUUUAAUUCAUCUAAAUUUUAAAUGGUCGACUUUUCCAAAUGUAACAUAGUAUAAAAUACGUAUAACCGUGCCCUCCAAAAUUCCACUGAACGAUGGAUCUGUUUAAAAGUAGUCGCGUACCUACUAUAAUAUCUAGAUUGCGUUGAAUAUUGGAACAUGAUGUGUUGAUUGCAACACUAUUCCUUUGUUAUCGUUUGGUAGGAUUGGUGGAAUUUGGUAGGUACCAUUAAGUGCCUUAGAAAUAUCCAUCAUUGCAUUGGCAACGCUGAGUUUUGGAAUCUAACGAGAUCCAACGAAAAAAUAUUAUCUACCUACCUAACUGUUAAGUUUUGGAAUGAGUAUUAUCGUUUUAAUUAAACAGCGGUGAAUUUUGAAAGACCUUAGGUUAUCUAAUACAUUCUGAUCAUUAUGACACUUAAUUUUAUGAUAUCUGACCUCAUCACACAUGACUUUCCAACACUUGAUGUAGAUUCAUUUAUUUAGGUACCUACUUACCUAUUUAUUGCCAAAGUGCAUAGGUACCAUUUUUAAUAUCUAUUGUGAAAACACGAGCUUUUAGUCUGUCGAAGGCGGACUACCCACUUUCUACCUGUUCUCAUUUAAAUUGGCACGAGCAAAGCCGUGCGGGGAUCAGCUAGUCAAAUAUACUAUCGUAUUAGAAAAUUAAAAAUAUUUGUUAAAAUAUAUAUUUUGUGAGUUUAAUAAUUUUCAUUUUCGGAAUUUUAGUCUUACUCGAAAAACGUGGUCGGACUUUUUGUCUGACUUUUUCAAAACGGACAUUUUGUCCAUGGAUUUUUCGCCCUCGGACUUUUUGAUCUAUUACCGAAAAAAAGACAGACCCCAGAGUAACCCCACAUAUUGUGUAAGAUUGAUAGAAACAUUAAAAAUUAUAUAUUUAAAUAACUACAAACGUUUUUUACAAUAUUAUUUUACCUUAUUUAAGGCAAUACAAAACUUGAAAUAAGCCUGAUGACACCAUGUUUGUUUAUUUAUUUGGAAAUAUACAAUAGUUAUGGAUUAAAAUGUACCGAAAAGAUUAAAAAAAACAAUCAAUGUCCACCCAAUUCACGGUAGAUAUUUAUUUAAUACUUAUCUAAUUUACCUAAUUAUUAUUGUCCUAGGUUAAAACUGAAUUGCGCGAAGUAUCAGCAGAAGAGUGUGAAGUUUUUUACGAUACGUUUAAUACACAUAUAUAUAAUUUGGUAGUUAGCAAUGAAAACAAUUCGAAAAUUGGUGGUAUACUUGCUAUAUGUAAGUUUGCAUUAGUAUGUAUUAUGGAUCUGAAAAAUAAACCAUUUGGUAUUUUAAAUCAAUCCUAUCAAACCUAUCAAUAAAUACUAUAAUUAUAGCUGUCUAUAGUCAUUGGAAAUAUUUAUUAAUGUCAAAGUGAUAGGUCUAUUGAUUAAAGUGGUGUAAUUAAAUUUGCAUCAUUACAAUUUUAUAUUCAAACAAAUUAAUAUAAAAGGAAAUGCAGAUAAAAAUUGUUUAGAUCUAUACUUUGUGCCUAUAUACUUAUUAUUUUCAUAUUUAAAUUUAUUGAAAAAAUAACUUGGAUAUUAAUACUUGCAGUAAUAUUGUAGGUGUUUAUUUAGUUAAAUAAUAAUCUGUACAGGUAAUAAGCUAGGCCAAUUAGAAUUGAAAAAAUAGAUUAGUUUAAAAUAAUUUUAUAGGAGUUUUACCAAUAAAUGAGGGAAUCAGAAAAAUGUACGAAAUGUAUUACCUAGUAAAUAUUACUGCCUUUUUUCCCUGUGAAUAACUUUUUUACCAGAAAUGUUGAUCCGAUUUUUAAGUGUAGUACUUUUUUCAAAAGUGACUGGAGUGGUAGGUACUUUGGAGAUGUUUUUUUUUUAUUUUUCCAGCCGUUUUUAUAAUAAAUGGGAAAAACUGAGAAAACUGAAAAUUUACAAAAUGUAUUGUUUUAAAUUUUUUUCCUUUUUUUGUUUUGUUUCGAUUCAAUUACAAAUCUAGAGACUUGAGACUUGAAGUUUGGACAGUUCAAUUAUGACAAUAGAUAAUUUAUAAGUUUAUUAGUAUAAAUGUAUUAAAACAUGCAAACAUAUAAAACCAAUGCUCAAAUGCACCAUCUAGACACAAUUUGCUACCAAAAACCACCUUUAAAGAAGAUUAUCUGAACAAGAUUUCUGGUUGGAAAAUUUUGUAUGGACAAAAAAAAACAAUAUAUAAUUUUAUAAAAACAAACAUUUAAUACAUUUGAGUAAAUCGAAUACAUUACACGCUACACUAUAAGUUCAUAAAAUAAUGCCUAUAUCGCACCACAGUUUGUAUGUCGCUAUUGGGUUUUCCUUUAGCUUUCAAUGUGUUUGGCACUCUAAAGUUAAAAACUAAAACACCCAACUAAAAAUAAUUAUUUUACAAAAAGAAAUGAAUCAUUUAAUUUUGCAUGAUUGAUGAAGAAAUGUAUUUAGAAAUAUAGAAUAUAAAUGUCAAUUACCUGCAGUAUCAUUGGAUUCAAUUAAAAACAAGUUUGAUAAGUGUCUACUUCAACUAUGAAAUUCCAUGUACAAUAUAUAUUGUGCACUAUAGUCUACAUUUACUAUGAACCCGAUUUUAAAGUAUAAGUCUAUAUCUCAGUUCUUCUAACUGUAAAAUUACUAAUUAUCAAACUGUUCGACUUUGAGGAAUGUAUUAGUUUUACUAUAUAUAUUCUUUUGUUUCUAUUUAAUUUUUUUGUUUGUUAACCACUUUUCUACCAAAAUUUUGCCAAUUAAUAAAAAAAAUGUUCUUUUGUGUAAAAUUUUGGACUUUGUUAGUACAUUGAAAAGGUGGUUUUUUGAUUUUCUUUGUACCUAGUUUUCAUUAUACAUGGGAAAAAACUUUUAGGAAAAAUGGACACAUUAAAUGCAUUAAAAGAUUUGUUAUUUAAGAUUUUGUUUUUCUAGCAGAAAUCUCGUUCUGAAUUUGAAAAGUAGGUACCUGCUAUUUUUUUUUAAAAGAAAAUUUUAUAUAGUUUGCUUAAUUUUAAAAAAAAGUUGUUUUUAAAAACACAUUCUAUGGUAGUUCAAUUUUUAUUCUUAUUUAAUUAAAUACGUAGUAUAAAUAUCAUAUAUGCUAUACAAUAAAUGGUAUUUGUUAGUAAUCAUUUUUAAUGUUGAAUAGUUUUUACUAUUUUGUUUUGUAUUUAUCAUGGCCAAUGAGGGAGGGAGGUUUGAAGUCCCUUAAUUUUCUUCACUAGGUACACCACUGUUCCAAGAAUUACUCAGCUCCAUAUGUACCAUGCAAUACAUUAUAAUAAUUUAUAUACAUUUUAUUUUUAAUCUUGAUUUAGGUCAUAAUUCAUAAUAUCAUAUUAUUAUUAUUGAAAUAGGUACUGCAGAUAAUUUAGAAUAGUUAUUAAUAGUUUGUACUGAAAAUGCAUUAUUAGCUCUCGCUAUUUUGUUUUAUUCUAUACUUAGUAAAUAAAAAUUCAAUGUAUCUAAUUUAAAUUUUUUUUUCUAAUAUGUAAAUAAAAUAUUAGUUAUAAAUAUAAUUAGAUUCUAUGAAAAUUAACUUGUCAAAAAAUUAACCAUAACUUUAAUGAGCAUAAUAAAUAAAAAUUUAAUUCACAUUCACACCAUUUGAAAAUUGAACAUACUUAUGUACAAUUUAUACAAAAAUUCACUUCUCAUCACUGGUUUUUACUUUGAUCAAUAAUUAUCCCUUGAUAAAAUAUGUCGAAUGAAAGGAUUAAAAUUAAUUUUUCAUAAUAAUAGUUAUAUAAAACGUUUUAAAUAUCAAAAAGCAUAUGUGUAGAAUAAAAAACAAUCAAAAAAUAGUAUAUAUCUUGAGAAAAAUCUGUUAUUGUUUUAGCAACAAUUAAUAAGUUUUUUUAAAUUAAUGACUAAAUUUGUUCAGUAUGUUUAAUUGGUGCUGAUGUCGGCAAUGAUACCAAUCGUGUCAGUAGAUUUGCAAACUUUUUACGUAAUGUAUUACCAUCCGCCGAUCCUGCAGUUAUGGAACUGGCUGCAAAAACUGUUGGCAAAUUAGCUCUAGACUCUGGAACCUACGCGAAUCAGUAUGUUGAAUUUGAAGUGAAAAGAUCAUUUGAAUGGUUAGGCGGUGUACGAAAUGAACCCAAGAGAUAUGCAGCUGUGCGUAAAAUAAUAUAAUUUUCUUUAUUUACAAAUGAUCUCAACUUUGAAAAAAAUAUUGUUUUAUAGGUACUUAUACUGAGAGAAAUAGCCACUGUGGUUCCAACUCUUUUCUUUCAACACGCAGCUCAAUUUUUUGACUUGGUGCUAAAUGUAACCCGUGAUCCAAAACCUAGUAUUAGAGAUGGAGCUGUUGAAGCAUUAAGAGCAGCACUUGUUGUAACUGCCCAAAGAGAAACAUCUAAACAGACACACAAAUCUCAAUGGUACUAUUCACAAAACAAAUUUUUAUCAAAGUUUGAUUCAUAAUAACAAUUUCUUUUUUUUUACUGUUAGGUACAAACAGUGUUAUGAUGAAGUUAUGAAUGGAUUGGACGAUUCAAUAAAUAAAGAAAAAGGUGUUAUUCGUGAUGAUAAAAUACAUGGUUCAUUAUUGGUGUUGAAUGAAUUACUUAGAGUUAGCAAUGUUAAUUGGGAAAGACAAAAUGACUCGUUAAUGCAAAGAUUACAAUGGGAUCAAAGUAAAACUAGUGCGGUUAGAUGGAUUUUUUUAUUAAAUAUCUUGUAGUGUUUAGUUUUAAUAACCAGAAAAGAAAGUCCCAAUAUUUUAUUAUGUGUAUCAUCUGUAAAAAUGAUUCCAUUAUGAUAAAUUUAUGUAUUUAACUUUUCCACAUUUGUCAAUUUGUCACUUUAUAAUUUUUUUAAGUUAACAUUUUUUAUUUUCAUUUUUAUUAUUCAAAAUAAAUGUAAAAUUGGUUUGUUUUUAGGAAAUAUUGAGUUUACUUCCCCGAACAAAAUCUGCUUUAAAAGGACUUGUUGGUGGUUCUGGCCGUACAGAUGAUGAUUCUGUGAGAAUCACAUCUUCGGGUAUUCGAUAUGAAAGCAGUGCCUGCAAAACUCUUCUUCAAGAAAACUAUGAUCGUGUGUGUUCAUCAGCAGUAUCUCAUAGACUGUCUAGGAAUAUUUUAGUGAAUAUAGCAUUAAUGAAAGUGCUUCCUAGACUAGCCGCAUUUAAUAAAUCUAUUUUUGUACAAAGGUAUUAUUUUGUGUAAACAACUUUGUGUAUGUAGUUAUUUUGUAUUUUAUUUUAUAGUUAUUUAAAUUCUUCUAUGUUGUUUCUUAUUUCAACUGCUCGUGGUCGUGAUCGCGAUCAACGGACUAAUGCAUUUGUUGCUAUUGGUCUAGUAGCAAUAGCGAUUGAAGAUCAUAUAAAACCAUAUCUAGCGAAAAUUUUAGAUGUAGUUCGCAGUUUCUUACCACCAAAAGUACUGUUAUGAAUAUUAUUUUAAUUGUUUAAAUUAUUUAUCCUUUUGAAAAUAAUAUUUAAUUGUUGGUAUUAUCUUUUUCACAGGAAAUUCAAAAAAAAAAACUGGUCGUCGUAGAACCUGCCGUUUUUGUUUGUAUAACAUUAUUAGCCAUAGGAACUCAACAAAACAUUAAGACUGAUAUUAAAGAGCUUCUUGAACCUAUGUUAGGCAUGGGACUUAGCUCUACACUAACAAUAGCUUUAAAAGAAUUGGCUGUUGCUGUUCCGUCACUGAAAAAAGAUAUAUCUGAAGGUACUUAUGAAAAGUACAUUAGUUUUCUUUUCCUCAGUAGGUACUAAAAAAUAUUUUUAUUUUAGGAUUGUUAAAAAUGCUUUCACAAGUUCUUAAUAAGCAAAGUAGGGAACCUUUAACUCCACCAAUUGCCUUAACAACUUCUGCCCGUGGAGGUGUGUCGAUAUUGCCAGCAAGUGUGGUUCAUCCUCACAACAGUUCAAAUAUAAUUUUGGCCCUCAGAACACUCGGAAACUUCAAUUUUGAAGGUUAAUAUUAUUAUAUAUAUAUUUAUAUAUUUAUAAUAUUUAUUAAUAAAAAUGAAUAAGUGUAAUACGAUAUUUUGUCUUACAAACUUCAAUGUGUAAGAUUUGUAUUAUAAUACGGUUGCAUUCAUACAUAGGUCAUUCUUUAUUACAAUUUUUGCGACGUUGUGCUGAGUACUAUUUGUUCAGCAAAGAACAAUUAAUUCGGAUUGAAUCCAUUAGAACUUGCAGUCAGCUUUUGCGUUUAACAAUAGAAUCUUUGCAGAGUAAAACAUCACAAACCGUGAGGUAUACUAUUUCUACAAUUAUUAAGCAAUUACUUAUUGUUGGAGUUUCUGAUAGAGGUAAGUGAAUAUAAUAAAUGGUAAUUUAAAAAUGAUUUAAUUAUUUUGAAACCUCGUAUUUUAGAAUCUGAUGUACGUUAUGCAGUGUUUAAAAAUCUCCACCGCAGUUUCGAUUUUUACCUUUAAUUAUUUUGAAACCUCGUAUUUUAGAAUCUGAUGUGCGUUAUGCAGUGUUUAAAAAUCUCCACCGCAGUUUCGAUUUUUACCUUGCUCAAGUACAUAACCUCACUGCAUUAUUUAUGGCUAUGAAUGAUAUUAAUUUUGAAAUACGAGAAAUGGCCCUUUGCACUAUAGGACGACUUGGUUUAGUAAAUCCAGCAUAUGUGAUGCCACCACUUCGUAAAACACUCAUGCAGGUUCUUAAAUUAAUCAUCAAAAUACACUUUCAUGUAUUGCUGUAUUUUAUUAAAAAAUUUAAUUAAUAAUAUAUUUUUGGUGAAAGUGUUUGACCGAACUUGAACACAGUGGAAUGGGUCGUAAUAAAGAGCAAAGUACUAGAAUGAUUGACCACAUGGCUGUUCACGCUCCUCGUCUUGUGGCACCGUACGUUCAACCCAUUUUAAAAAUAUUAGUUCCCAAACUUAAUGAACCAGAUUUAAACCCAAGUAUCUUGAUAAGUAUACUUGCGUGUAUUGGAGAUUUGGCACAAGUAUGUGAAUUAGUAUUAUACUUUUUUGAAUAAUUUAGUUUGUGUUAUUUAUGUUUGUGUUUAACAUCAAUAGGUUAAUGGUGAAGAAAUGUACUGUUGGACUGACGAAUUGUUGCUUAUAUUAUUGGACAUGUUGGGCGACAGCGGAUCUCAAGAAAAACGAGGAGUUGCUCUCUGGGUACUUGGCAAACUAGUCGAAGGACUGGGCUAUGUUAUCCAACCUUAUGAAAAAUAUCCUACGUUGUUAGAUACUUUGCUUGGAUUUUUAAAAACUGAACAACAACCAUUAGUUAGGUGAAUUUUUAAAUUUAUUUGAAACAUAUUACUAUGAAUUAAAUUAAAUUAAAAUUUGCUUUAGGAGAGAAACAAUUCGAGUACUUGGUCUUCUUGGAGCUUUAGAUCCUUAUAAACAUAAAAUGAAUUUGGGACAGAUUGAUUCUCAAAUAGAGUCUACCGCUUUACUUUCGAUGACUGAUUCUCGUCCAAUAUCAGAAACUGAAUGGACAACUAGUGAAAUGUUGGUCAAUAUGAGCACAUCUACUUUAGAGGAGUAUUAUCCGGCUGUAGCAAUUGCGACACUUAUACGCAUUAUUCGUGAUCCAAAUUUAUUUCAACAUCAUACUAUGGUCGUACAUGUAAGAUCAAAUCAUUUAAAUUUUUACUUUUGUUUUAAAUUAUAAGAAAUUAUUCAUUUAUGAAUUUUCUAUUAAAUUUUAGUAGGCUUGAAUAAUUUACUCAACUAUAAUAAUAUAUAAUAAUAUUGUAAUAUUAUUCUUUUAGGCCAUAACAUUCAUUUUUCAAUCGAUGGGUACAAAAUGUAUACCUUAUGUACCACAAGUAAUGCCUAGUUUUUUAAAUGUCAUUCGUACAGCAGACCCUAACUACAGAGAAUAUUUACUCCAGCAGUUAGCUGUACUCAUUAAUAUUGUUGGUCAAUAUGUUCGAGACCAUUUAGAGGAUAUAUUUUUGCUAAUCAAAGUGACUAUAUAUUUUCUUUAAUUAGUUAUAUUAUAUAGUUAUUUAUAUUACCGUUUUUUAUGCUUAAAAUUUCGUAUUUAUAUAUAUAUACACAUAUGUAUAUAUUAUGUUUUCAUAGGAAUUAUGGACCCCGAAUAGUUUACUACAAUGCACUUUAAUUCAACUAGUUGAAUGUUUAGUCAAAGCACUCGGUGUACAAUUCAAAAUAUACUUGGCUCAAUUAAUGCCUAAUAUUCUUAGAAUUCUGUAUUAUGACUCGGGGAAAAAUCGCAUUGUUACCAAAAGGGUAAGUUUAUUUUGAAGAUUUUAUUAAUUAUUAUUAUUAUUUCUAUUAUUAUUGAUUAUUUAUUGAUCUUUUUGAGGAAUAACAAAUUGUAAAUUGCAUUUAUAAUUUUAGAUGCUAGUGGCUUUAUGUAAAUUUGGCAUUAACUUAGAUGAAUUUAUACAUAUGCUCAUGCCACCACUCAUUAAUCUAUUUCAUUGUACUGAAAUUAUAGUCUGUCAGGUGGCAAUGGAAACAGUUGCACAAUUAGCCUACACUUUGGAUUUCACUGAUUUUGCUUCACGCAUAAUACAUGGAAUCGUAUGAAUAGUUUUCCUUUUUAAAUGCAAUAUUUUCAUAAUAAAUGUGUUGAAUUUUUGUAUUAUUUAUGUUUAGAUAAAUUCAAUUGAAAGAAAAACAGAGCUUAGGCCUAUUGCUAUGGAAACUCUAUGUGCAUUAGUGUGUCAGUUGGGUCCUAAGUAUCUGGUAUUCGUACCACUUGUUUCACAUACACUAACAAAACAUCAAGUCACUUAUUCAGCUUACGACACGCUUAUCACUUAUAUAUCUUCAGUUAGUUAAUUAAUACGUUUUAACUAAUAUCUACAGUUGUUGUUUCUACUGUUUUGUUUUUUUGUUAGAAAACUGAUGGCAAACUGGAUAAUAAUCUUUUGCUUUCCAACCAAAUUAAACAAUUAAAAAUUAAAAAAGAACCAGGAGUACAUGUUCUUGGAGAUUCUGCUACUAUAAUAAAAAAGGUAUUUUUACUGUUGGAGAGGAAUAACUUUUAUUUAAAGUAAGGUACCCACUAAGUUGGUGGCCAAAAGACACAGCAUACUAUUCAAUAUUCAAAUUAUUACAUAAUAUAUUUAAAUUUACAACAUAAAUAAAGAUUAUUAAACCUAUAAUACAAUUGGUUAAAUUAUAUUCAUUACUUAACAUUUACGAUUUAAAAUUCAAUUAUAUAUUGGGAGUACCCGUUUUUGCCAAAUGAAAAAAUGUAGUCUAAUAUUAGAAUAAUAUGGACAGUUAAGGUAUAGUUAAAAUAUACAGUUAAAUUUAUUAAUGAAAUUAACAAAUUUAUAUGGUUUAUACUAUGGGUUAUAUUAAAGGUAGCUACAUACCUAAAACUUAACAAUAUCUAAUUAUAUGACAUUAAUUUUUACAAAAUUAUAUCUGAAAAUUAAAAAAAUAAAUAAAUACAAAUAUUGACAUUAAAUUAAAAUAUCAACUGAUGCAACAACCUAGGUUGUGCUAUUGUUGUAGGUGAAAAGUUGGGAAGAUAGGAUACAGGAGGAAAUUUAAUGUAUAUCUGUAGUCUGUAUGCAGCGGUUAAUCUUUGCCAAUGAAAUGAUUAAAGAUGAGUAGAGUUUGGUUAUACAUGUUUUAAAAGGCUUUAGUAUUUAAAAUUUGAAAAUUAUUAAUUUUGCAAAUGGUCCCCUUUUUUUUUCAUUUAUUAUGAAAUUUAAAAAUUAUCUCUUUCAUCCCAGUCAAAUUUCCUUUUAGAAAAAGUUUUACACUUGAAAAUUGGAGCAAAAUUUCUGGUAGAAAUGUUGUUCACAAAAAAAAAAAAAAAUAAAUAAAUAUUGUAAAAUAAUAGAUACAUUUCUCGAUUCGCUCAAAAUCUAAAAUAAGUGUGAACUUAUACUGUAAUAAAUUAAAGUAAUUAUAUAUUUGAUAUUUUUUGUGUAAGAACAAUCGGUAUGGCUUAUGAGUAUUAAUAACUAUUUUUACUUUGUAUUUAAGAAAUAACGAUUAAAGUUUUUAUUGCUCAUCAAUAGAAAAAACUUUUUGGAUUUUUAAUUUAUUUAUUUGACUAAUUAACAAUCGUCCAUUGAUAUUCGAUUAUUAAACUAACUUAUUUCAUUUGGCGGAAAGGGGAAGUACACUUUUAGUGGAAACCAGUCAUGCCCAAUAUAUUAGAUUACAUAAUGAAGAUCUUCAAAUUUAACCAACAAUAAAAUAUUGAAAUAAAUUUGCCACAGUAAAACAGAGAAAACCAAACUUAUUUCUAUGAGUCAUCUAUCUAACUAUUUAUUUUUACUAUGAUAUCCUUAUUUCAAAAUUUAGUUUCAUUUUUAUGUAGGUAUUUAGUAUUCUGUGUGCUUUGUAAACUAUAUAGUUGUAACAAUUUAUUUUUAAUAAAAAUGUUUGUCUAUGUUCAUGUAGACCCACACUUCUUUACCCAAUUUAAGAAAAUCAUGGCUAGUCAACCGUUGUGUAUCCAAAGACGAUUGGCUGGAGUGGUUAAGGCAACUUGGCAUUGAUUUUCUCAAAGAAUCACCUUCUCCAGCACUACGAUCAUGCUGGGCACUUGCCCAAACAUAUUCUCAACUGCCCAAGGAUCUGUUCAAUGCAGCAUUUGUUAGUUGUUGGACACAAUUAACAGAGCCACUUCGAAAAGAACUCAUUCAAGCAUUGGAACAGGCUCUGAUGGUUUCUGAUUUACCGGAAAUGACACAAACUAUACUGAACUUGGCUGAAUUUAUGGAUCAUUGUGAAAAAGGACCGUUACCUAUUGAUACUCAUAUACUUGGUGAAAGGGCUAUGGACUGUAGGGCUUAUGCAAAAGCUUUACAUUACAAAGAAGACGAAUUCAAAAAGGAAAAAAUUAAACGAAUAUGCCCAGAUAUUGUUGGAUCACUAAUAUCCAUUAACAAUAAAUUGCAGCAAAAAGAGGCGGCAUCAGGUAAUUACAGAAAACAACUAAUGGUAAAUUUUUGAUAAGUUCUUCCAUUUAAAUUUAAUUAAAACCUAUCAGUUAAAACAAAACAGUCUUUCUAAGUUGAAAAUGAUAUCUAAAUAAACAAAUUAACAUAAGAUCAGUGUUGUAUUUAAAUAGUUUUUUUAUUUACAUAUAGCUGAUAAGAUGUCUGAACUCAAAAAUUAUCUAGGUAUAGAUAAAUAAUAAUGAAAUAAUUAAAUAUAUCUAGAUAAAGAUCAAAUAAAACUAAUUUUAUCUAGAUAGAAAUGAGAUGAAUUUUUUUUCACAUCUUAUUCGUAAGACAUAAUUUUAUUAAAUUUAUUAUUCUUGUUAUAUGCAAAAUAUUAAUACUAAUAUGAGUUUAGUUUAAAUCACUAAUAAUUAUUAAUAAAAUAUAUUAAAUAAUUUGAAUGAUCAAUGAUCAUUGAACAGUGUCAAUAAACCAUUUUUGAGAGGUAAGAGUAUGGGUAGACUAGCUGAGGAUAUAGAGGCCAAUUCAUGGCUAAGGCAACUGAGGGGAGAAUGAUUUAUUUAAAGGUAUGUAAAUACAAUUUAAAAAUAUAUAUAUAUUUUAUUAUAGAUACCAAAUUUCAAACGAAUAAUAAUAAUGAUUAUCAGAAAUAAUUAUUCCAGAAAAGCUUCACAGUGUACACAUACAAAACAGGAUUAUGAAAAUGAAAUGAUAAUAUUUAUUACAAUGUUAUUAAAUGGUUGAAGACAUUAUUUUGGUGGUGCUGUUACAUUCGUAGUAAACUAUUAAUUAAAAUUGUAGUAUUAGUAAUAAUAUUUGUGUGAUUAAUAAAGCUUCUAUCAGUUCCUGUCCCUGUAGAUGGACAAUGGUACAAUUUUUUAGAAGAGGCGCACGUUUGCGACAAUACUAAAUACAUAAGUACACGAAACCAUACAUUACAUAAUUUUAUAUCAUAGACAUUGACACACAAUUAAACUGUGCAAUUCCAUUUCUGGAAAUGUAAACCAAGGUGUACUAAAAAUGACGAAUUUCUUAUUAAGAAAAAAGCAAAACGGAAUUUUGGCAAAAAUACAUAAACUCAAAUUCGAACACAUCACAUACCGAUAUGUGAAAUAAAAUUAAAUCCAUUUAAGGAGCCCCUCACUAAUCUUUACCAUUCAAUCUAAACCAUAAUGACAUCACACUCUUAUAACCUACAGACAUAACCGAGGCUUUUGCCUAGGACUUUACCAAAAAUAGUUGUAAUUCAAACUAUGAAUACGAAUUUACUAAUUUUAAACACAAGACAAAAGAAAAAGUUAAAAGGGACCUUGAACUUUAUUUCUAUCAACAAGAUCACACAGUUAACCAACCCUUUAAUAUAAUUGAUCCUAAAACCGAACAAGAACAAAUUCGACAUCUUCAACUAUAGAGCCAUUUCACUCAAUAAUACUAGGUAAAGUUAAUGGAAAAAAUAGUAAAUAAACGCUUCAUUUAGCACUUAAGGAGUUAAAACCAUCAAAUUUACUAACAAACGAGCAAUGUGGAUUUCGCCGAAAUCACCCAAGUCUCGCGAUACUUUCUCUUCCUUGCACAGGGAUAUACGUAAAGCAAAAAACUAGAAACUGCACCUAAUAUUAAUACCCUUAGACUUAGAAAAAGCAUUUUUUAGAUGGCCAUAAUUUUUAUCUUAGAUGGUAUUUAGAUGGGUGCCAAUUUUGUAGAUAAGAUAAAGUUACGAUGGUUUGAUCUAACUAAAAUUAGCUAUUGCAAAAUACUGUGUAUCUGUGUAAGACUGUGUGUCGUAGAUGUAUAUAAAAUAACAAAACACAAUUCAGUAUGUAAUUAUUUAUUUAUUUUAUACAUACUUAGUAAACUCCAGUUUACAGAUAUGAAUUUAAUAUGAAAUUGAAUAAUUUGUUAAAACUAUUACUUAUCUUAAAAUUUAAUUUAUAAUUUAUGUUGUGUAAAACAUAAAAAAAAAAAAAAAAAGAUAAAUGAUAAUAGUACUAAUAAUAAUAAUAUACCUAGCAAUAAUUAUUAUGAAGAACAAUCAUAGACAUAAUACAAAAAGUUCAAUUAACUAUGUAAAAUGAUAUACAGAUAUACUAUACAGAUUAAUGACAAAUAAUUCCAUACUAUAUAUAAAACAAACAUAUUUCAGUAACAAAUAAUAUAACAUUAAAACAUAAAACUUUAGCAUUAGCCAUUAUUAUACAUUUAAAGAGGUUUUGAUGUCCUGCAGUUUACAAAUUAAUGAAGCCUAUAGUACUGUUACCAGUGGUAAUUGACAAUCCUUUCCUAAUUUUUUAUCAUAUAGGUAAUUUCUAUCUUUUUUGUUUGUUUUCUCCAUAGUCAGGUUUUUUGAUUUCUUUUAAUUAUUAUUUAUUCUCAUAUUUUUUAUUUAUACACAUUUUAGGUUUUUAAAAUUUAUUUCAAUUAUCCCCUCCCUAUUAGCACAUUAAGACGAAUAAAAUGACAAGUACUCUAUUAAAAUCGUCUACGAUUAAAUAACGGAAAUACAUAUACAUUAUUUUACUGUAUUAUACUGCUAUACAAGUACUGCUUUCCUCCCCCUCUACCCAAACGUUUAUUACAACAAACUUAUUAUUGUUAUCCAAAUAGGAAGUCUAAUUUGUCUGAUCAAAUUGUAUAUACGAAAAUCGACUAAAUGGUUUAUUAGUUUUACUAAUCCUUGUUAAAGAUUCACCUAACUGACCAGAAAUCGUAUAAAAUGUAUAGUGCCUAAUAAUAAUUGUAAAUACUAAGAAGAAAAUUUCAAAAAAAAAAAAAUUUUCAUUCAAAUUGUAUAAUUGUAUUAUUUAUGUAUGUCAUUAGGACUUCUGAAUGUGGUUAUGGAUAAACAUGAUAAAUCCAGUGAUAAAAUUCCCGUAAAAGCAAGAUGGUUUGAAAAACUGCACAAUUGGGAGGGAGCAUUAUCGUAUUAUGAAACGUGUUUGCAAAAGGAACCACAUAAUGUAGAUUGGGCUUUAGGGCAAAUGAGGUAAGUUUAAUAUUACUUUUACAAAAUCUAUUUUUAUUUUUGUGUUACAAAAUUGUUUAAUGGUAGAUGUUUGGAGUCUUUGGGUCAAUGGGACAAACUGAAUAAUGUGGCUGAAUCUCAUUGGUCAAAUUUUCCCGAGAGCGGCCGUGAAAAAAUGUCAAGAGGUGCAUCAGUUGCAGCUUGGGUAUUGAAAGACUGGGAGAAAAUGGGAGUUUAUGUAGGAUGCAUACCAAGAGAUACUAUGGAUGGUGCAUUUUACAGAGCUAUCUUAUCUAUUCAUGGAGAACAGUAUGAAUAUGCUCAGAAGGUAAUAUAAGAUUGUUACUGACUAUAAUAAAUUUAGAGACUGUUUAUAAAUUAACUGUUACUGGUAUAGUUUAUUGAUUUGGCUCGAGAAAUUUUGGACACUGAACUUACAGCCAUGGCGGCAGAGAGUUACCAACGAGCGUAUGGUGCCAUGGUUUCAGUACAAAUGUUAGCCGAACUCGAAGAAGUUAUUCAGUAUAAAUUGAAACCCGAAAAACGACAAAUAAUUUAUAAAGUUUGGUGGGACAGACUUCAGGUAAUGUUAAUUAAAUUCAAAUAAGUAGAAACUAAUUAAAUACACAUUUUAAAAUUAUUAAUCAGUAUUAUAAUAUUAAUCCGUAUAUUUUAGGGAUGUCAAAGAGUGGUCGAAGAUUGGCAGCGCAUUAUUCAAGUGCACUCUUUGGUGUUGAGUCCCGAAGAAGAUAUGCAUACAUGGCUCAAGUAUUCUGCUUUGUGUCGUAAAUCAUCGCAAAUGGUACUAGUAUUUAUGGUCAUAUUCUGGAAAUUAAAUGGAUGGAACAUAUAAAUCCCUGACAGUAUUUGCCUGGAAUCUAAAAAUUAAAACCAAUUUUUCUGGGACUUAUAAUUCAGAAAUUCGUAUUAUUAUUAGUGAAUAUAAAUUACGGACAAAGGUUUUUAGAUUUUGGAAAAAUAUGUUCCAUUGAUCUAGGUUCAUUCUGGAUUAUCAUAUAGCUUCCGUAUCUAAUAUCGAUUGUACCUGUUAUCCUUAGGUUAUGUUUGACUAAUGUAUACUGUAUAAUAAUUUAUAUUAAUGAUAUUGAUUUUAGGGUUUUUCUCAUGCAACUUUGACAACAUUACUGAAUACAGAUCCUUCAACAGAACCUACCAAAUCCUUACCAAUGAUACAUCCUCAAGUAACGUUUACUUAUGUAAAACACAUGUGGACUUCUGGAGCCAAACCAGAAGCCUAUAAGUAAAUAUUUAAAAAAUAAUGUGUUAUGAGUAGGCAGGGUAGAAGUGAUUCUUCUUUCAGGGAUGUAAGUAGAAUUUUAUACUUUAAUUAAAAAAUCAAAACAUACAAAAUGCAGUAGAAGUCAAGUAAAAAAGAAAAGUUGAUACUGGGGUCGGGUUUGGAAGAUAGUCAUUUAAUUUAGAUCUGUAUACAACAAUAAACCAUAACUAACGAAAAACGAUUCGGUGUGAAGGUCAGUAAGACAUAUUUUUAAAUAUUGUAAUUUUUAUGAUUUCCGUCAAAAUAUGAUCUUAAAACGUUUACGAAGAAAAAACAUGCAUUAAACUCAAAUUUGUUUUUUAGACCACUAAGUACAACUUAUAAUGUAACUUGUGUUACAUUUUUAAUCAUUUAUUUUAAAUAAUAUUAUUUUAAUAACAAAUACUUAGUUACUAAAUAAAAAUACAUUUAAAAACAUGAACAUAUCAAAUACGUAUAAAUAACCUAAAAAUAGCUCGAGUAUUUUGAAAAUUUUACCCUGUCUACAAAAGGUCAAUUUGUGUAUUUUUGAAAACUACAGGUAAGGUUAGGUUGAUUGGUUUUAAAUUUAAGAUACUGGCUGGCAGAAUUGAUGUCACUGCACUGGUGUAUUUACAGUAUAGAAAAUAUAGCUAUAAAGUAGCUUGAAAAUUCUUACUGGGCAAAUAUAAAAUAUGUCCAGAUCACUUCAAUUUUUAUCAUUUUUUGAUACUGUAUUGAGUGUUGUAUACUUAAUUACAAUUUUUGUUUAAUAUGAAUAUUAAAUGCAUUUUUGAACUUUUAUCACCCAAUUAACAUAAUUAAUAUCCCUUCCAUAGUAUCCACCAUACACAUUUUUUGGAAAACAUUUCAGCCAAAAUACAAAAUACCGUUAAUAACUUUGUUUCAACCACUCUUUAGGGGUUGAAUUUCUAGAAAAAAAGUAGACUGUGAUCGUUCUCUUAUUUCGAAUAUCAAGUGUGAAUAGUUUCAUCCAGAUCGGAAUAAAAUUAUUGAUUUUUAUAGGUAUAUAAAAAGCAAACAUAAAUUUAAGUUGAUUUUAUAAAUAGGUACAUAAUUUAUCAAUGCUGAAUAGUUUAUGUUAAGUAUUCAUUUUUUUUUCGUAUUAAACAUGGUCAAUAAACCGUUGGUCGUUCCUUAGCCCCCUCCCCCUCAUUAGGUAUACCUUUACCAAUGAUAUAACAAUUUUUUUGAUGAAGAAAGGCUUUUAGAAACAUACAUUUUUACAAACGUUGAUAAUUAUUAGUUUCAAAUUUGAUUAUAAAUAUUUACCAGUACCUAUCGGAAUUCCUUCUAUGCAAUUUUAUAAAAAUGUAGAUAGGUGUAUCAUGCAAUAUACUGUACAUUUAUUAUGAUUCCACUAUUAAUAAAUAUAAAUCGAUAUCUGAGUUCUAUCCUGUAAAAAUAAUUUAAUUAUCAAACAUUUAUUUUUAAAUAACAAAAAUAAACUUUUAAUAUUGAACACUUCUGGCCACUCAUAAGCUAGGCCACCGAGUAUUUGCCCAGUAACCUGACCAGCCACUCCGCCCCUGACGAAAUAUUUCAUUUUUGUGGAGUUUUUUUUAAAUUUAAAAUGGUAAAUAUUCAAAAUACUGUGUAUUUGAAGUUACAUCAUGUACAAAUAUAUAUAACAAACAAAUAUUAUAUUAUCAUUGUGCAAAAUAAUGCAAACUAUGGAGAUUGCUUGAGAUUUGAACUCACUAUCGAUCAGCUAAUAUGAUUGUGAAUGCCAAUGUGCCGCAUGUCAUGUGUCAUGAGGAUAGUUUCAAGACUGUAAAGUUAUUAUUAUAACCCUCCUUAAAGAAGUUUCACUUCAAAAAAUUCUUUAUAUAAACUUCUGAAACUUAAUUUUUUUUUUCUAGUCAUUUGAAUUGUUUAGUUCAAAACGUACUACCACAAUUAAAGCGAAGAGGAAAAGACUUUGAUAAACUUAAAACUGAAUCUACUAAAAAAUUGUUAGCUAGGUAAAUUGACUUUUUAAAAAAAAAUGAUAAUUUUAUUUCAAUUGAACAUUCAUUAUUAUUAUGAAUACAUCUUUAUAGAUGUUAUUUGAAGUUAGGAUGUUGGCAGGAAGAGCUUCAGGGAUUAACUGAACAAUCAAUACCCAAUAUUUUAGACUAUUAUUCUGCAGCCAAAUUUCACGAUCCUAGCUGGUAUAAAGCUUGGCAUUCAUGGGCCUAUAUGAAUUUUGAAACAGUUUUGUUUUACAAAAAUCAACAAAACAGGUCUCAAUCUAAUGAGGACACUACUGAAGGAGAAACUAGUGAAACAGCUGAUUUUGAAGUAGUUUUUGAUUUUCUACGAGACAUUAUUAUUAUAAUUUUACACAAUAUUAAUUUUAGGCUGUUAAGUCCGAUCAGUACAUUUCACAGUUCACUGUACCUGCUGUUGAAGGAUUUUUUCGAUCAAUUUCAUUAUCACACGGUAGUUCACUACAAGACACAUUGAGACUUUUAACCCUUUGGUUUGAAUACGGUCAAAAUCACGAUGUAUACGAUGCAAUUGUUGAUGGGUUGAGGUCCAGUCAAAUUAACACAUGGUUACAAGUAAGUGAUUAAUAACAUAAUUAUUCUUUACAGGAUUAAAUGAAAAAGGUUGAAUUAAAUUCAUUUUUUUUUUGUUUUAGGUUAUUCCACAGUUGAUAGCUCGCAUUGAUACACCUCGUACAUUGGUUAGUCGUCUUGUUCAUAAUUUAUUAAUUGACAUUGGCAAACACCAUCCACAAGCAUUAGUUUAUCCGGUGACUGUGGCAAAUAAAUCUGCCAGUGUAACCCGUAGGAAUGCAGCAAAUAAAAUCUUGAAAACAAUGUGUGAACACAGUCCAAAUUUAGUACAACAAGCAGUGAUGGUCAGUGAUGAAUUACUCAGAGUCGCCAUACUCUNUUUAAUGAUAACAACGUAA